UGUCAGAAAGUUGUCAAAGUUGAUUAGUAAAAAAAUAAAUAGUAACAUAGGUACAAUACAAAUGAUAACGUUGAUUGUACGCGAUUUAUGCUAUAAGAAUACAUUUAAAUUAUCAAAUUCGUGAGAAUAGCUUAGUGGUUAUGUAACAAAGUCACUAUGAACACAAAUAAUGUCGUCUGGAAGAGGAAAAACCUCAUGUUAUUAUCAAUUUGUAUGUUCACCUGUUUUAUCCUGUAUCAGCUGUAUUUCUUCUUCAAAAUCACAUCGGAGACCGGCAAUAAUAAUUACAUCUACAUACGUUCUGAUGCGGACAAGUUUAUAAGCGAACAAGGGUCAAUAAAAGGUGUGUUAAGUAAGAAUAUGGUGAAAUACAGACCGGAUUUCAAGAAUGAAUUCAAAUGUUUGAAUUCUGAACAACAUAUUCCUUUUGAUUGGGUGAAUGAUGACUUCUGUGAUUGUGCUGACGGGACCGACGAACCGAGUACGAACGCUUGUCCAAGAGGAAUAUUCUACUGUGAUACACAGUACCAGAAAAAGCCCGUAGCCCUUCUUACUGUGCCUUCUGGAAAAGUUAAUGAUGGCAUUUGUGAUUGCUGUGAUGGGUCUGAUGAGUGGCUACAUGAAUCUGAUAAGAAAUUGUUAUCCCAGCUAUAUGAGAAGAACUAUAGAUAUUAUGUUGCAACAUGUCCAAAUGUUUGUUAGUUAUGAGACUACUGUAGGGUUUUUUAAUUGCACUUUCAAAACUAUGUUUUUUUCACAUACAUUGCUGUUCACAUAUCCUGUAUAAAGACGAUAUUUUAUUUAGCAAUACUUACUUUUGUUCUUCAGUAAAUAAUUAAAAAGAGUAGCUUAAAUGUUAAGUUACAAUUUAUGUUAAGUUUCCUUACUUAGUGCAUACUUUUUAUUUUAUUAUGAAUUUAAAUUAAUUAGGACUGCAAUUCUCCAUUUUUGAUUUACUUUCCAUUUCAAAAAGAUAGGUAAAGGUUCAUAAAUGAAUUUAUUACAAAAGAUAUGCUGUCAUAUAAUUUAUAUUAUUGUAUUUAAUAUUAGUUCAGGUGUUUACAUGAAUAUUUAUUCAGUUAAAUACAUUUGUAUAAUAACAUUCCAGUGCAGUUGGUACAUUUUUAAUUUUAAUGCAAGAUAAAUUGGACUUUCAAAUCUCCUAUGUAAAUAGUAAGUUAUAUUAUUAAAUCCCAACAUGUGAAAAUUACUUCAUUGUUAAAUAUUUGAAAGACUGAUUAAUAUCAAUACAGUAGGUAUCAAAUUAAUAAAAUUGUUGUGACUA